GAGGAGAGCCAUUUGUUGGUCUCUCUCUCUCUCCCUGUCUCUUAUACACAUCUAGAUGUGUAUAAGAGACAGGAAUAACGGAGGAGGAGGAGGAGGUAGUAAGGAGAGAACAGGGACGACACGUGGCGGGUCGUGUCCCCCGAUCUCACCCUCGUCGGGAUCUGGCAAGGGUGUGGCCAACAAAGAGUCCAGCGAUUCGAUCUUACACCACUUGCAAAUGGUAUCAUCGAGGGAGAGGGUAGAUUUACGUGGGCGGGUUGUGGACGUUAUUUGUCGUCGGGAAGGAAUGCGAGUAAGUGCGGAUGAGGAAGAUCAAGGCGAGGAAGGCUGCAGCAAAUGCGUGGUUCUGUUCGACAUCUUCAUGCUCGCUGAGCUCUGGUCUAGCCGGCCGUUCUGGAAAGGGGGCUUAUUCGCUUCUAGUGUCUUCUCUCACGUAAGCUGUGACUACAAGCAAAGGGAAGAGAUUUUGAGAAAUGUUUCUGAAGGAAAGCGGGGUAUACCUUCUCAUAUGAAGGACUUGACGGUCGGCAGUUUGGGAGAGUGCCACGUCUUGGGAUGCAAGAUGCAUGCUGUGCUCACAGAAGAGGAGAAACAGGAGCGGUUCAACCUUCCAGCGCUAUUCAAAACCUUACCUUCGCAAAUCAAUGCGUUGUCCAAUAUUGACACAUGCAUGAAGCCUGACAAGUUAUUGACCAACUGCUCGGGGAUCUGGAGUAUUCCGGAUGAAAUUUUGGUCUCUAUUCUGGCCAGGCUGUCUGCUGCUGACUUGCGCUCCGUGGAGGCUGUCUGCCGACAUACUAGAGAGCUUGCUGCUGGUCUUGCUCCCGGUCUGAAGCUGGACCUGUUCCCUCACCAGAGGACAGCGGUGCGGUGGAUGCUGCAGAGGGAGCGAAAGGUUAACUGCUACCCUCAUCCGUUGUGCAUGGAGCUACAGUCAGAAGAUGGAAAAAGGUAUAACAUUAAUGUUGUCUCAGGGGCAUUUUCAUCAGAAGCUCCAUCAUCCAUUUGCGAUUUUCGCGGAGGCUUGUUCUGUGAUGAGCCAGGUCUCGGAAAAACUGUGACAGCACUAUCACUUGUCCUGAAAACUCAGGGAACCUUUGCUACGCCUCCCCAAGGGGUCCAUGUGCAUUGGUGCAACUACCGCAACGGAAAAGUUGGGUUCUACGAGCUACCUAGAAAGCGCCUUCUGCAGGGGAGUUACUUAAAGCACUGUCGCACGACGAUUGAUACCAGCGGAAGGGGAUUGCGAUGCAGCAAGAUGCAGACCCGCCAUGCAGCAGGCAGCCCUCGGCCAUCAGGUGGAGAGAACUUCGUGGAUUGGCCUCCACAACUUUCACCAGGGGUUUCAUGUGACAUGGCUUCACCAAUCGUUACGGGUAUCAGUGGCAGGGCGCCCGUGACAAGGUUGUCUACGUCUGCUGUGAAGACUUAUUUGAAUGUGCAGAUGACUGCCUCUUUGCGAAGGGCAGCAACAUUACAACCGUCAUUAGCUCCUCCCAAACGAUUGAAGACGCAUCAUCAGGAAACGAACCUGGACAGUGAUCCGUAUGAGAUGUCAUCUGGAAGUUCUUCCUCGCUGUCAUCAAGUAGUUCUAGUUCUGGUGACGAAAGAGAGCCAGAGGGAAUGCCAGGUGUGGUCAGUGACCAGGCCCAGUCACGCAUGAGAGAAUCGAUGGCGGGCAGCAGGAUCGAUAUUGAUCAAUUUUCCUCUGAUGAGAGCUUAGAACUUUGGGUGCAGUGUGAUGCUUGUGCAAAGUGGAGGCGGUUACCUCGCUGGGCCGACCGCCCUUCAGAUGCAGCGUGGUUUUGCAGUAUGAAUCCAGAUCGAGAGAGACAGACAUGCGAGGCUCAGGAAGAGAAAUGCAUCGAGGGCGAGCUGACAACAUGUAUGCCAGGCUUUGUGCGCGAGGACGAGCGUCCAGGGCAGGAGAGAAAUGUCGUGUUUUUCCAGAAUGUCCUUAAAAAACAUGCCCACUGGAGGUACUUGAAGUUGGAGAGAACUCUUCACUGGCUGGUGAACCAACGUAACUCUGCAUUGGAGAAGCUAUUCAAGGAAGGGGAUGGCUUCAAUGUCCCUCAGUCUCUUCGCAUGGAAGGUUACGAGGAACUUUGGAAGGAAAUUGGUCUUGAACAAUGCAAGACUGGAAAGGGUGGAAUAUCACCUCAUCGUUGGAAAUGUCUGCAAGGCAGUUACAACUUAUUGCUGGAUCUAACGGCGCUGAAGAUUGCACUAUUGACACCCCUGGAGGCUUCGAAACGUGUCUACUUGUCAAAAUCCACCUUGGUGGUCGUUCCUCCUAAUCUUGUGCAGCACUGGCAGCACCAGAUCGAGAGGCAUACAAAAGCGAAUUCUCUCAGAGUUUACGUGUGGGAUGGAUCGGACAAGAAGCUACCUCCUGCACAUGCGCUUGCUUGGGAUUUUGAUCUGGUUAUUACAACUUUCAACAGACUAAGUGUUGAAUGGAACCAGAGAGAUGAGAGCCCGUUGAUGCACGUGCAUUGGUUUCGAACUAUUCUGGAUGAGGGUCAUACUCUUGGUGCACUCUGCCCAACCAACAAGCUGCAGAUGGCUGUGAACAUGCAUUCAUCGAGGCGGUGGCUACUUACAGGGACGCCCACGCCAAAUACACCUGACAGCCAAGUUGCACAUUUGCAGCCCCUGCUGAAUUUCUUGCAUGAAGAGGUGUUUGGCCAACAACAAAAGUUAUGGGAGGCGGCAAUCCAGCGGCCUUUUGAAGCGGCAAGGGAGGAAGGGCUUCAGAGACUGAGGGAUGUGCUCAAGCGAUGUAUGAUAAGUGCCAGCAAAGCUGAUCUCUCCGUAAUCCCUCCUUGUCACCGAAAAGUCGUCAUUCUCGAUUUCAUGGACCAGCAUGCACAGUCCUACAACGAACUGGUGGAGACUGUGCGCCGCAACAUUCUAAUGGCAGAUUGGAAUGAUCCAGACCAUGUCGAGAGCUUGCUCAAUCCCAAGCAGUGGAGGCUUAGCAGGGCAACGAUAAACAACAUCAGACUGUCAUGCUGUGUCGCCGGUCACAUGCGGAUACGGGAUAUCCCUGGUGAUAUUGACGAGACCAUGGGAAUUCUUGCGGAGCGUGGUAUUGCGCCAAACUCUGACCGUUUUGCAACAAUUAAAAGCACUCUCAAGCAUGGUGGCAACUGCGAUCGAUGCGAGCAGUGGAGCAGAUUGCCGUUGAUCACGCCAUGUGGGCACAUUUUGUGCUUGAGUUGUGUGAGCCUCGACAGGGAGAAGUGUACAUACUGGGGAUGCCAGCACCCGUACAAGAUGCAAAGCCCUGCAGAUUUGCAAAGGCCAGAAAAUCCAUUUCCAAAAUGGCCUGUGCCACAGGAUCUGAUUGAACUUCAGCCGUCUUAUGCUCAGGAGAAUUGGGAUGCGGAUUGGCAGAAUACGUCAAGUAGCAAAGUUGCUUAUCUUGUGAAGGAGUUGAAAAAGCGACUUCCGAAAGACGGGCAUGAGGCCCGACACCGACCAAGAGAGUGUGAUGUGGGGAGUGUGCCAGCAGCAACAUGGCCAACGGCCCGAAGAACAAGUCGUUCAUCGAUGCGGGAUGCAGUUGUGGGAGGUGGUCUGGAGAUAGAGAAGGCAAUUGUGUUCUCCCAGUUCCUGGAGCAUCUAUCACUUGUUGAACAACAGCUGACGGAAGCUGGAAUUCGUCACGCAAGCAUGUACAGUCCAAUGCCAGCGUCUUUGCGGGCGAAGUCCUUGCGGCGGUUUCAAACUGAUCCACUUUGCUCAGUAUUGCUGAUGGAUGGCACUGGGGCUCUGGGCCUUGACUUGAGCUUUGUGGCUCAUGUUUAUCUCAUGGAACCGAUUUGGGAUCGAAGGUGCAAAUCUUCUCCUCCCGCUCUUCCUUUUGCAUUUUCGGAUCUGUCUCACUUUUUUUUUUCCCACCUGUUUUCUGGCUUGGAAAGUCAAAUACUGUAAUGAACCCAAUCAAGAAGCUCGCAAUAU